UCCAGCUCCGCGGCGCCCUCGCCGGGUGCGUGCCGCUCGCACGCCCGCCCGCCCGGCUCCCGCGCCCGCCGCCCGCGCCCGGCCCCGGCGCCCCCGGCCCUCCCGGCCGCGCUUCAUGGCUGCGCACGAGUGGGACUGGUUCCAACGCGAGGAGCUCAUCGGACAGAUCAGCGACAUCCGAGUCCAGAACCUGCAAGUUGAAAGGGAAAAUGUGCAGAAGAAGACCUUUACUCGGUGGAUAAAUCUACAUCUAGAAAAGUGCAACCCACCUCUAGAAGUUAAAGAUUUAUUCGUUGAUAUACAAGAUGGCAAAAUCCUAAUGGCUUUGUUAGAAGUCCUGUCUGGGCAAAAUCUGUUGCAUGAAUAUAAAUCCUCCUCCCAUCGUAUUUUUCGGUUGAACAACAUAGCGAAAGCACUUAAGUUUUUGGAAGAUAGCAAUGUAAAAUUGGUUAGCAUCGAUGCGGCGGAAAUAGCGGAUGGCAAUCCCUCUUUGAUCCUUGGGCUGAUAUGGAACAUAAUCCUCUUCUUCCAGAUUAAGGAGCUCACGGGCAACCUCAGCAGAAAUUCUCCAUCUUCCAGCCUGUCACCUGGCUCGGGGGGCACGGACUCGGACUCCUCCUUCCCGCCCACGCCCACCACGGAGAGGAACGCAGCCAUAUCCGUGAAAGACCAGAGGAAGGCCAUCAGGACCCUGUUGGCGUGGGUCCAAAGGAAAACCAGGAAGUAUGGCGUGGCAGUGCAGGACUUCGCGGGCAGCUGGAGAAGUGGGUUGGCUUUCCUGGCCAUCAUAAAGGCCAUUGACCCCAGCCUGGUCGACAUGAAGCAGGCCUUGGAGGACUCCACGCGGGAGAAUCUAGAGAAGGCUUUCAGCAUCGCGCACGAUGCCCUGCACAUCCCCAGGCUCCUGGAGCCGGAAGACAUUAUGGUUGACACGCCAGAUGAGCAGUCCAUCGUGACUUACGUGGCACAGUUCCUAGAACACUCUCCGGAGCUGGAAGCCGAAGAUUUUGUGGACUCAGAAAAAGAAUUCCCAAUUGAAUCCACCUUUGUCCGCAUCAAAGAAACCCCUUCUGAACAGGAGAGCAAAGUCUUGCUUCUGACUGAAAAUGGGGAGCAUGCCUACACCGUUAACCAUGAAACCAGUCACCCCCCACCCUCCAAAGUCUUUGUCUGCGACCAGCCCGAGAGUGCAAUGGGAAUCCAAGUGCAGCCCUGCCUCGGUGGUGCCUCCGGGCGGGCACUGUCGGGCAGCUCAAACGAACUGAUGCAGCAGAUCAUCGACCAAGUCCUUCAGGGCGGCUCGUGUAAGACCAGCGACGUCACCGAGCCGUCUCCGGAGUCUUCCAUUUUAUCAUCCAGGAAGGACGGCCGCAGGUCCAACUCUUUGCCAAUCAAGAAAACUGUCCACUUUGACUUUGAGGCGGACGCUUUCAAGGACGCGUCCUGCAGUAAGGACUCUUUCCAUGGCCAAGAUUUUCACUUUGAUGGGAGCCCAAGAAGGGCAAAGAAGUUGAAGCAGGAUGGACACAUCUUGGCAAGAGAGGCUGAUGAGGAAAAGAAACCGAAACUGGAAGACCCAGAGAACACGGACACAGCCUCUGAUGAGCCCCCGGAUGACGUUUCGUUGGUGGACAGUAAGGUCAGUGAUUCUCAACCUCCCCAGGGCUCUUCCUCCUGGAAUGGGGCAUUGGAGAGUACAGCCAGCCACCAAGAAGGAAGUCCUUCUUUUUCAUCCCUGGAAGAAAAUACCGUUAUAGCCGAUUCCUUGGAGAUCAAGGUUAAGCUGCUGAGUAUAGAAGCAAUGGAUGAAGAAGGCUGUUUUGGAGGCAUACCAUUAAAAGCCUCUAAAUUUAGCAGUGACCUAGUUGAUUUUGCUUCUACCAGCCACCCUUUCAAUGAGGACCCUUCACCUCAGGAAGAAAAACUUGCUGAGAAUGAUGUUUCUGAGGAAUGUGUUGAAAAAAUGGGUAAGAGGAGAGCUGAAUCUGCCCACAAAUGGAAGGAGUCUGCUGAGCUCCCAGUGAAGUCCGACCAAUACCAACCUCACUGGGGCCCUGGACAAGAAGCCCAAGGCUCUCUGGCUCCAGAAGAGGCACCUAUGGAUCCCAAACCAGAGGUAUGUGGAAAGGCAAAGAGCAAGUCCCCUCGCUGCCUUGGCGACGAGGACGAGGGGGAGACCGAAAGCCUCGAGGAGGAUGGAGACGAACUGCCUUCCAGCCCCCCAAGAUGCAGUGUCAGCCUGGAGACCCUCGGGAGCCACAGUGAGGAAGGGCUGAAUUUCAAGCCCUCUCCACCUCUCUCGAGGAUUUCCGUCAUUCCCCACGACCUUUUCUAUUAUCCGCAUUACGAGGUUCCCCUGGCUGCCGUUUUGGAAGCUUACGCGGAAGGCGCAGAGGAUCUGAAAAACGAAGAGAUGGAUGCCGAGGAGCCUGAGUGUUACUUGCACGACCUGGACUCCGGGGAGGAGGAGGCCGAUGGCUUGCGGAGCAGCUGCAGCUUUUCAGUGAUGGACGAGGGCCUUCCCGGGGCCAGCAUCCAGGUGCCGUGUGUCCAGAGGGAUGCGGUGGGCACCAACCCAGCCUGGGAACCGGCCCCCCAACCCAGCCACCAGGACCACCAGCAAGGGGAGGCCAGAGAGAGUGGCCAGGUCCCUGCGGAGAGCAAUCAGUCCCAGGAAUCCCCAGACGGGGAAAAUGGAGCAAACCCCGUAAAAGAAAAGGUAAUGAAAGAAUCAACCAGCAGUAAAAAAAAGGAAAAAAGGAAACAUGUGGACCACAUAGAAAGCUCAAUAUUUAUAGCACCUGGAACGGUUCGAUCCUCCGAUGACCUAGAAGAUGACCUCAGCGAUCACAGAAUCCCUUCCAGGACUAGUCACAGCGACUCCAGCAUUUAUAUUCGACGACAUACUAAUAGGUCUUUGGAAUCGGAUCAUUUUAGCUAUGUUCAGUUGAGGAAUGCUGCAGAUGUGGAUGAGAGAAGAAACAGAAUGUUAACCAGGUACAAUACUCAGAAGCUCACUGAGCUGAUUUUACAGUUUUAUGGCAUCAGAGCAGACAUGAAGAGGGAAUGCAAACAUGCCAGGAUGUCUAUGAAAGCCAGCCACUCGGGGGAGGCCACACUACGCGAGAGCCCGCAGAGUGACUCGCUGACACAGUUUGUCCAACAGCCAGAUGUGAUGUAUUUUAUUCUCUUCCUCUGGCUCCUGGUUUACUGCCUGCUGCUCUUCCCACAGCUGGACAUCAACAGGCUCUGAUGUGUGUGCGUCUGCAUAAUAAAGAAGACAGGACCCUGACCAGGGAUGGGGGUUCUCUACUUCAUUUUAGUUUUGCUUUCGGAUGGGGCACUUCUGCAGACAGUUUUGUUGUUGUUGUUGUUGUCAUCUGCCCCCCCACCCCCCAUUUUUUUUCUGUAUGACCUGAGCAUGCUUUGUUUUUCUCUUUGGCCACGUGCUCAAAACUCAGGUGCGUGCUGGAUUUUAAGGUGAGGCUCUGUUCUCACAUGCCUUGCUUUGUAAGACAUUAAGCAUCGUUACUAAUAUUGAGAUAUAGUCUGGGUCUUUCAUCUCAGAUGCAGGGUUUUAAUGUCCCAGUUGGACUUGAGUUACUUACGUCUCAGAUGAGAGAAAGGGUGGAUGCCGCAGGCCAAGCUGCCACUGGAAAGAAAACUGCCUUCUGGUCCUCCAAAAGCGAGUGUUUUAGGGAAGGUACUCGGUGUCGUGCACCGCUUACAGCCUGGCGAUUGGUAGUGUUCACUGGAGACAUUGGGGCAGCACUAAGCUGCUGGCCCUGGAAUGCACAGCAGGGAAACGGCAGAAUCGAAGGAGGAAAAUGAAAGCUUUGUCGUGAGCUAUAGUGUACUCUUUCUCCCCCAUAGUUGGGUUUAUUUCUUUUUUGGUGGGGGUGGGGGGAGAGUAUCUUUAAUUCACUUGUGUUGUCUUAAAAUUGAAACAGCACUGCGAUUUGCAAACCUUUUCCAAUGGAACCCUCCUUUCAAGUGAAAUCUUAGGUGUCCAGAACAGAGGAUGCGCACUAACAGCGGAGCUCUGGCUGGAAAGGGGCAGGCCCGGGGCUGCCUCCCACUCGGCCUCAGCUGCCCUCCAGGGCCCCUGGAACAUCUCUGCCAGUCCCCAAGUCUCCCCAGGGCAGUGUAGAAAGCCCCGGUGAGGUGUGUAGACAUGGCUGAUGUGUUAGAGCUGGAAGGGAUCCAGCCAGAUUCCUGCCCACAGAGAGCUUUGGCACUCACCUGCCUCAAUGCGGGUCUUGGCGUGCCAUCCUUUGUGGUCAGUCAUAAUGGGUUCCUUGGAAAGGCUUUCUAGAAAGCACCCCAUGAAUAUACCAGAGCAGGCCAUUUUUGAGAGGAGAGCAAGGCAUGUUGCUUGCCCUGCCACCUUUCUUCAGCCCUGGGCUCACUCAGUUUUCUUUUCUCUGCCAAGAUGCAGGUCAACGGUGACUCUGCACUGCUUCCUCCUCCCCUCAUCCUCUCCCUCCAGAAGCAUGUGUCCAGUAACCUUUAAAGCACUGCAAAUUGUUAGAUCAGGAGGGGCUCCAGAGAGCAUCUUGUCUAGCUAAGCCCAGAGAGGCAGAGCAGGUUGAACAAGGUCACACAGAAAACCAGGAACAGAAUUGCAGUGAACACCUGGUCUACCAGAUGCCCAGUUAGACCCUGCAUGUCCAGAAAAGAAAAAGGAAAGGUGAAAUGAUGAAAUUAAAAUGUCCUUAUUUCAACAAAACCAAAAUUUUCAGGCCAACUUCCAGCCUUUGUUUUUUUCUCAUAUUGCUCCCAUGAAGAAGUUCUAUUUGCCUUUAAGCUCAUCCCUUAUUACUUCUAGAAUGCCCCUGACGGCUGUAACAGCUUGUCAGCUGACAUACCAGCAUUGUUCUUGCUCUAGAAAUCAUGUUCCCUUCUCAUCAAGCCAAGCACUGCCUCUUUCAAGCAGUGGGUUUCAAGUUUACAGAAUCGCAACAAAGCCAGAAGAAUUUACAUAGCAGUGAUAUUCAAGUCGAUGACAGCCAGACUGGCCUCUGACCCAUUCUGAUUAUAGCCUGCCUCCCCUCCCCAAAAGAAUCCACAUCCUCCAAGCCGAAAGCUCUCAGGAGCUUGGAGUGAGUCCAUCUUGAAGGCUAAGAGCCCCAUGGAAACAUGAGCUAAUUAUGAGCUCCCUAGCAUCACUGAAAGCUCAGAGGUACAGAUGAUAAAGCUUAUGUGUGUGAUGUUUUAUAACCCUCAACACCAUGCAGUCCUCGCCUAAAUUAGGUGCUUGAAGAGCCAGGGAAGAGCUGACCCAAACGUUAAUCAUUUCAUUUUAUAGACCUAGACCUUCUUUGGACAGUCUCUGCAGGCUUCAUCUCUCACCCAUUACAACUUGUUAUGUUGUUUAAAACCAUCUACUGGAAAGAUGCCUAAAGUCAUUUGGUUCAGGUUGGCAGUAAACUGAUUUUUUUUUAAGGAAAAAAAAUCUCAUUUGAGUCUAGGACUAUAUUGAAGACACUGUAUUGGUGGAAAUAGGAGCAUUCGGGACAAACCACCCCAUUGUAGAGUUUACUUUUAAUUGUUUUCCAAGUAAUACGUGCUCAUAGUUUUAAAAGAAAAAAAUUAUAUGUGACUAGCAAUAUCCUUAGUUUCACUCUCCAGGAGCAACCACUAUCAACUCUUUUUGUUGGUUCUCCUGGUAUACACCUGCUCAUUUCUCAAUAACAUCCUUAUACUUCUAUUUUGUUUUUCACUUAAUUUUGAAGUACUCUAAAUUACUUUUUAUUUUGCUGUCCUUGCUAUUGAGGUAAAUGAAGAUUUCACUCUUGCAGACAUCCCACUGGGUUUUUCCAGUAGAGUGAGAUCACUGUAUUUGGUACCUCUCCAUUUAGUGUGGACGUUACCACGACCAUGUAAGGACUGUGUACUCCUGAACCAAGUACUGGACGUCCUUGUCAGUUUUUUCCCCUUGAUACGAUAUUCUUGUGUGUGUCAUGUUCUUUAGUAACUUCCUGACAAAGGGAACUUGGGAAGUAAAUAUUGUAAAUAUUCUUAGAUUUUGCAUAAUUUUAAAUGUCUUCCUUCUGCCCUUACCAAGUGGCUGGGUGUAAAAUUGCAGCUGGAAAAUAAUUCAACUCAACACACCCUCUGCCCCCUACCCCUUCCCCAGGAUUUUGAAGGCACUGCUUCCUAUCUUGUCACUUCCAGACUGACUGCUAAGAUUUCUGAUGUCAUUCUGAAUCCUAAGUCUUUCUAUGUGAACUGUGUGUGCAUGUGUUUCCCCUUCCUGGCUGUGUUUAGGGUCUAUUUAUUCUUAGUGUUCUGAAUCGGCAUGAUGGUGGUGUACCCUGGAUAUUGUACCUCAUGCUGGGACCUCAUGGGAAAUUCCUCGUAUUUUCUUGUGAUUGUUGACAUUCUUUCAUUCUUUCUGGACUGCUUGUCAUUCCAAUGUUGGACCUUCCAGACUGAUCCUCUAAUAUAGUUGAUGUUUUUAGUUUCUUUUUCUUUUGGUCUUUUGAUCUGCUUUCAAGGAGAAUUUCUUAGCUUUAUCUUCCCAACAGACAUGAUUUUUUUUUUUAAGUCUUUAAUUUCCAAAUCACUUUAUUAUGGUUCUCUUGCUCCUGUUUUAUAGCAUCCUGUUCUUGUUUCAUUGAUGCAGAGCUUAUCUCUCUGAAUGCUAUGAAAGUGUUUAAAAAAGCUAAUUGGGUGCUCUAUGUGUUACUGGGUGGGCUUUUCUAGAGGGCACCUGCUCUCUUCAUUCGAAGACCCACCUGUCAUUAUUUGCAGGUCUUUUGUUUGGGGCUCAUUCAGCUUCUUUAGAGAUAGUUCCACUAAUCUGACUGCAGAUCAGGGCUGCUACUAGCCUAUGCAGUGUCUUUGUGCAACUUAGAAAAAGGCAUCCCCUCUGGGUGGAUAGCUAAGCAAAGGGCACCUGGCUCGACCGGUAGAGGACACCUUUUGCCCCUUCCUCCAGACAAGGGUGAUCUUGAGGUAGGGCAAGGCUUGAGGAGUCGAGUGAGAGUAGAGUUCCACUCCCAAUUGUCCCCUCAGCCAUGUGUCUUUGUGCAGUGCACAAACUGCACGCCCAUACCCAGAGACCCUGUGCGCUGAGAGCCCAAGUUCUGGCCAUUGAGCAGGCAGCCUCAUCACUGGUCAGUAUUGAGAACCUCACUCAAUUGCUCCCGCUCUUGCAGGCCUGGUGGCUCUGGGCUGCAGCCUCUCUCAUCCCUCCACGGAGUAGGAACAGGAUGGUCAUCUGGCUGCACAGGGAGAGGGAUGGGGCCUGGGCAUCAACCAAUGUGCUUUUCUCCAUCUCCACCUCUCGCCCCCACCUUUACCAUUCCAACCCCCAAGCCUUUCCUGGAUGCCACACCCAUCUCUGCUGACUGCUCGGUGGCCUCCCUGCUGCAGGCAUGUGGUACUAAGAUUCCACCCUGCUUUCUCCAGCAGCUGUGCAUCUGCCAUAACUGGCUUGGCAUCUCUUGCCCACCACUGUCUCCUCUCCAUUCCUUUGUCUUCUUGGUUUUAUAGAUUUCAUUCCUUUGCUCUUGGGUUUUCCUAGGGGAAGAAAUGAGCACAUGUGUUCAGCAUACCACCUUUGACCACAAGUCCCGUUUGGGUAGCGUCACCGGUUUGUUGGGCACCCCCCGCUAUGGUUUAUAACCCUGCCCUGAGUCCAUCCUGUUACGCCAUGGUCUGCUGAGCUCCUAUGUCUAAUGCUGUGCCAAGUGCAAGCGUGUGAGCUCCGCCUGAGUGCCACAGUUAAAAUAGUCAUCCUUCUUCCCUCCCCCCACUUCACCCCCUCUUCCCACUAAACUGCCUUAGUUCUCUGUCUCCCACAAGCUCCAAGCUGGGUGGUCUUAUGGCUCCUGGGCUUUCUUUACCACCCUCACUUCAUUUAGGAAACAAGUAGUCCACACUAGUGUUUCCCGGGGAACAAACAGGCUGGGUCCUGUGUUACGGACUGUUUGGAGCUUGGGAAGCAUUUCUUCUUAGAACCUUGGGCCGUGCCGUAGUUGGCUGCAGGACCACUGCAGGGUCCCUGGGGACUGCCUUGGCAAAGCCGACUCUGUGGGGAGUUGGGCCCCCAGCCAGGACUCAGGGCCAGGAGGACACCUCACCCUUGCUGCCUGGUGGACAGCCACCCAGGACACGUGCCUCCCCCUUUCUGGGGUUCACCAUGGUUCUCCCCAACCUCUUCCCAAUGCAGUGCUCAACUGUUCUUUGGAAGAGUAGGAUAUUUGGAAGGCAGAAGCAUUUGAGGGCUGCCUGUGUAGUCGGUCCCCGUAAGUCAUGGACUGUUUGACUCCUUAGUGGUCACCUAGGCUCCAGCACCCUCAUUUAAGAGAUGAGAAAACAGUGGAGGGUCAGUGGAGGAGAUGACUUGUCAUGCUGCUGGAGCGUGACCUCAGGGUGGACAGCUUGAUUCCCAAUUAAGUAAUUACAUUUUCUGCAAAACCCCAGCCUCCAGGUACUGGAGCUAACCUCCAUCCACUCUUCCUGCUAAGAACUAAGAACAUCAUGGAGCUAAUCUUUCAAAGAUCGAGGUAAACGGGUGGAGAAUGUCAGAAUUAAUUAUGGCUUCUUUGGCAAGGGACCAUCUCUUUCCGGGGUGAUGUCAUUGGAGCACAGUUGUGUGACAUGACUUUCACAUGAGCUCUUAAAUCUCCGGAAGGGCUCCAGAAGGCUCACUGCAGACUGAGGUGCGGCCUCUCUCUCCUCUCUGCCUGGAGGCACCAUCCUCAGGGAUCUCGGCAGGAAUACCCGACUGUACUUCUCAAUUGAGCGUUGGGUCCCGAAGUCCCUGAAGCAGGCUGUGUUGGAGCUUCAAGCCAACAGCGUUUCUCAGAACCUUCUCAAAGACACUCUUGCCAGGAAACAAAGGCACAUAAAGAUCUUCGAGGCCCAGAUAUGUUAUUUCUCUUUCCAGAACAUUGCAUCAUCUCUGCUGACAGGGUGUUUAGGGAAGAUUUACCAUCUUGGGCCCACAGCUGCUGUGUUGAGCGUCCCCACUGAGUAGCAGGUUUUUUCUCUGGUCCAUCAAGCCGGUGAGGGGUCUGCUCCGUGACAAGGUCCAGGCCCCGGGCUGUGUGGUCGAAGGCUGAGAGCUGGCAUGGGCGAUACCAUGUUUAUUUCCUGAAAAUUGCAGCAGACUUUCCCUUAGCAGUUAGCCAGUGGGAGGGAGCCAGAAAUGAGAUCUAGAGAACCUCUUAGCAGGAUGUUGAGCUCAAAAGAUCUUUUUGACUCUGCCUCUCAUCUGACAUUUCCUUGAGGAAUCAUCAGCAGCUCCCACAUGCGCCUGAUGCACGAGAAAAGUGGGUUUCAUGUGACUUGAGUGAGAAAUCUUCCGUUUCCAUCACGUGCAGAUGCUGUUGUCUUCAGUCUCCAUGUGAACCAUCGGUCCUCCUCGGUCUGAUUUUUAAGACCCCCUUCCCUCCACACACGUACAGUGACCUGCAGGCUUUGUCAUUUCUCCACCAUCCUAAGCAGGACUGGACUUGAGUGAGCUUGCUUGGGUGACAGCAAGUCUCGGGGAUCCAGCUCUCUAAGAGCCAACAGAGGUUAUUCGAGUUCCUUAGCUCCUCUGACUGUUCUGGAAUUGCCAGUCUCUGCAGUGCUGGGAAGGCUGAUUUAUUUGUGUUUAUAACUUUUUCUGAGAACUUUGAUGAAAAACACAUCAGCCAAGCAGUCAUUCCCAGCCCAGGGCUGCAGCAACACACAUGCCAGAAAACAUUCUAGUUUAUGGGAAAAAGAAAAUGAGUAUUUUGUGUUGAAUUUGAGCAAACUGUUUUUAAAUGUACACUAAACUCCAACAGUCCAUGGCCCUCAUCUCACUGCUAAUUUUUUUUUUUUUUUUUUUAAUUCCUUGACACUCAGAUGUCAAGUCUGGCUUUCAUCUAGCAGGGGUCUCUUUAGCCAACUCCCCCCACCCCCUGUUUUUUAAAUCACUCCCUGCCUCCUCCCCAGGGGUAUCCUGUGGGAGAGGGAAAGAGUUGGGGUUUGGGAGUCAGCCAGACCUAGGUUCAAGUCCCAGCUCUGGCACCAGAUAGGUGGCCAAUCUUGGACAAAUUAACCUCUCUGAGCUUCUGUGCGGAGUAGAUACUCAAUGCAUAUUUGUUGAAUAAAUAGUAUCUUCAUUGCAGGAUUAUUAGGAAGUUGUAAAGUGCUUGGUAGCUCCUUGUUCUGUGUUUCCUUCCUCUCCAAGCCUUUAAAUAUGCCUCUUUUCCUAACAUUCAAUCUCCCAUACCUUCUUCCAACCUCUCUAUAAACCACCUUCUCCUUGCCAGCUGCUCUGUCUCAAAUCUUAACUCAAACCUUUUGAAGAAGGAAAUUUAAGCCAUUGUAUAUCCAUUAACUCAUUUAAGAUGGGAGGUGGUUAUUUUAGAGAAGGAAACCAAAGUGCAGAAAGCCAAACUAACAGUCAAAGAUCUAGUAAGUGGCAGAACCAGGAAUAUAGAACUCUUAUUUUCAAACUCUGUUUUACAUCCUAGACCCUACUGCUUGGAAAAUAAAGUUAUGCCCUAAUGCGAUUCUGGUUCUAUGUGACCUUGGCCUGUUUGGCAAGUUGUAAAUGGAAAUUCUCAAAGUUGGGAAGGUGCCAAACUUUACCAGUCGUGUUCCAUUUCCCCACCUCACACCUGUCUCCUCCCUUCCCAAGUUCCUCCACACUGCCCAACCCCGUAUCAAAACAGCUUAAAUCUCCUUGAUACGAACAUAAAAGUGACUGUGGGAAGAGGAAAUUUACUAUAACAGGUUAAAAAAAAAAAAAAAAAAAGACCAUGGAAGCCCCAAAUUCAUGUUUUAGCCUAUGGUU